ACUGAGCAGCGUGUGUUUGUUGCUCGUGGGGCUAGCAGCGCAGACGCGUGAGCGAGGUUACUAGCCUAGUUAGAGAGGAAGGUGCUCACCUUUUGUCAUCAUGGAUCCAGUUAAAGCUGCACGUAGAGGGGAACAAGCCAUCCCGAAUCCAGGUGGGCAGAUGGGCAAACCUGUUGUAUUCCCCUUCAUGGAAAGCAUGCUUCCUAAAGUAGUGAAGAGGAGGGUGCAUGCCUUAAAAAGACUACAGGAACAGUGCGCUCACAUUGAAGCAAAGUUCUACGAAGAGGUCCAUGAGCUAGAGAGAAAGUAUGCAACUCUAUAUCAGCCACUAUUUGACAAGAGAAGAGAGAUUGUCACGGGAGCUGUUGAACCCACAGAUGAGGAAUGUGAAUGGCCUACUGACGAGGAUGAAGAGGAGGAGCUUGCUGAGGAAGUAAAAGAGAAGGCUACAAUUGAAGAUGCAAAGAAGGAGGAAGCCAAGCCAGAGGAAGACCCAAAAGGCAUCCCUGACUUCUGGCUUACCAUUUUCAAGAGUGUGGACAUGCUGAGUGACAUGGUGCAGGAACACGAUGAACCUAUUCUCAAGCACCUGAGAGACAUUCAAGUAAAGUUUUCUGAACCAGGGCAGCCCAUGAGUUUUACAUUAGAGUUUCAUUUUGAGCCCAACGGCUAUUUCAACAAUGCAGUCCUUACUAAAGUCUACAAGAUGAAGUCAGAGCCUGAUGCCUCAGAUCCUUUCUCGUUUGAAGGCCCAGAGAUCAUUGACUGUGAAGGAUGUCAGAUAGAUUGGCACAAAGGAAAGGAUGUGACUGUGAAAACUAUAAAGAAGAAGCAGAAGCAUAAAGGUCGUGGCACUGUGCGCACUGUUACCAAACAGGUUCCCAAUGACUCCUUCUUCAACUUUUUUAAUCCUGUCAAAGCUUCGCCAGAUGGAGAAAUGGAUGAAGACUCUGAGUUCAAUCUAGCCACAGACUUUGAGAUCGGUCAUUUCUUCCGUGAGAGAAUAGUUCCCAGAGCAGUGCUGUAUUUCACCGGCGAGGCUUUAGAAGAUGAGAGUUUUGAAGAAGAGGAAAUGGAAGAGGGAGAUGAAGAGGAACAAGAUGAGGAGGGUGAUGAAGAUGAUGAAGAGGGAGAUACUGAUCCCAAGGCAUAAUCAAUCAUUCUCACUCCAUGCAUUUCUAGAAAGAACAGCCUCAACCUGCCGAAUGCAAGCAGCAGUAACCGUGAUAAGGGGAGGUGGAGACCUGUUCAUAAACUCGGUUCUCAGCCUGUCCAUUAGACCUCCUUCUCCUGCAGGCUCUACCCUUUUACAAACGCUCACUGGAACGCAAUAGAACCCAAAUCUGUGUUUUUACUAUGUGCAUGACUUCUUUUUCUACCGUCUUGCGCCAUCUCACCCUUUUAAUUUGGCAUUAUUUUACAUCACAACGGCAGUGGAUUCUGAAUUGAAUCUAUGUUAUUAUAGGUACAGUCAUUUUCCUGCAAAACUCAGAACAUGAUAUUGGAGGAAGAUAGAAAAGGAAUUGCUCACAACUUUACUUUUCAUGGAAAUAGGUCAACUACUCAGGGGUUUUUAAUGCCAUCAAGCAAGUUAAGUUUACCAGGAAACUGCUGAUUAAGAUGGACGUCAUCUAUCACUGGGGUUGGUUUUGGUUUUCUCUUUUUUGUUUUUUUUGUUAUGGUAUUAUUUCUUAAGACACAUAAUGUACCAUUUUUAAUUUCAUUUACUUGUUUAAAUGUUCAUUAUGUCAUUGGACUAUUUAUUUAGGUGUAAUGCAACUGGGUGGGAUGUUUCAUGCUGAGGGAAUGCUUUAAGGCACUAAAAGGCUUAUAAUUGGCUUAGAUCUCCAUUUAAGCUAAUUAAAAGUAUUUAUUUUCGAUUAGUACCAUGCUUCAUCUAUUUUUGAAAACAUUCUGCAGCAUUUAUAUACUUGGGCUGCUCCCUCUUGCCAAGGCUAGUUGGGUUCAACAGGCAUUUAAGUCGUGCGAUACUAAUCGGCACUGGAACAGACAUGUAUGGUCACACAUUUCUCUUGGCUGUUUAUCACAGCUACCCUGAAAUCCUCUUUGAACUGAAGCCAAUGUGGAAAUGUUUUACAAGAACACAUUUCUUCUUUAUAUUUGCCGAUUAUAGAUUGUUCCAUAUCCUAAACUUUAAUACCCUGUAUAGUGAAGACUUCCCUCAGACAUAAUGGAACAAAACAUAUAAUUGAAAGAACCUUUUAUAUGAGCUCUUUGAAAUUCUUUUAUGUAUCUAAUUCCUAACAAAUGUCAGAGUCACUGAUGGGAUUGUGCAGGAAGCUUUGUUCAAAUGUAAGUUCUGUUGCCAAGAAGCCAAAUGUAAAAAACAAAUGGUUUGCUAGUGAAAUUCUGUAAUCUAAGAACGACAUUUAAAGUUGUUAAACAUGUAUGAAUAUAAAUAUAUAUACAAAUUCUUCUGUUUAUAUCUGAUGGUUUGGUGGAAACAUUCAUGGAACAGGGUGCCAAUGUAUUUUCUCUUCUGCACAUGGAUUUUGGCUGUUUAUUUGGACAUGUUUGCCCGAUGACUGUUCAUUAAUAGUUGUGACAGCAUCCCCAAAUUCCUCCCCUUCUUUCUUUUUAAAAAGAACGAUUGUACAUCUCAUCGGAUGGUUCUCUUAAAGGCCGCGGUUCACCUCCUCAAAUGUACUCCCAUCAAACCGUGUGCUAGCAAUGGCCUUAACUGGUUCUUAUUCACAAUUUGUUACUUGCGCAAUGUUUCUUUUCAAUUUGUACAGAGUUAGUUAAAAUAUUCUAUUAAAGUUGUGCGACAUGGA